UGGUUUGCCAACCGCCAAUAAACACCAAAGAAGAAGAACGAUUUGUUAUAGGUUAAAGGUCACAAGCAAGAUGGCGGCGAGCAAACGUGUUCUAUAUGUUGGUGGUCUUGCGGAAGAGGUGGACGAGAAAGUGCUGCACGCGGCCUUUAUUCCUUUCGGCGACAUCACAGAUAUUCAGAUCCCGUUAGAUUAUGAAACAGAGAAACACAGAGGUUUUGCCUUUAUUGAGUUUGAGCUGGCAGAGGAUGCAGCAGCUGCUAUUGACAACAUGAAUGACUCUGAAUUGUUUGGUAGAACCAUUAGGGUAAACAUCGCCAAACCUAUGAGAAUUAAAGAGGGCUCUUCUCGACCAGUGUGGUCUGAAGAUGACUGGCUGAAGAAGUUCUCGGGGAAGACGACAGAGGAGACUGAGGAGGCGGAGGCAGCUGCGGAAUCAGCCAAUACAGACACUCAAGAGGGAGAACCACCAGCAAAGAAAGGCAGAACUAACCCUCAGGUCUACAUGGACAUCAAGAUCGGCAACAAACCUGCAGGCAGACUGCGCUUCUUAUUGCGAGCAGAUGUUGUGCCAAUGACUGCAGAAAACUUCCGUUGUUUGUGUACACACGAGAAGGGCUUCGGAUUCAAAGGCAGCAGCUUCCACAGGAUCAUUCCUCAGUUCAUGUGCCAGGGCGGGGAUUUCACCAAUCACAACGGCACCGGUGGCAAGUCCAUUUAUGGACGCAAGUUUGACGAUGAGAACUUUGUCCUCAAACACACCGGGCCAGGUCAGCUAUCAAUGGCAAACUCGGGUCCCAAUAGUAAUGGAUCUCAGUUCUUCAUCACUGUUGAUAAAACUGACUGGCUGGAUGGCAAACACGUGAUCUUUGGAGAGCUUGUAGAGGGCAUGGAUGUUCUCCGGGCCAUGGAGGCUCAGGGAACAAAAGAGGGGAAACCUAAACAGAAAGUCAUCAUCUCCAAUUGUGGAGAAUAUGUAUGAGACCAAAGUGUGUGUUUGUGUGUGAGUGUGGGGAAAAAACUGUGUAUGUGUUUUUUGUAACUAAUUUGUAAAUAUACGAAUAAAACU